UCUCGAAAAUAUACCUACUGUACUCUACGACUAUCAAACAUCUAACGCUUUAGAACAAGAAGAAGUACCACUACCAGCACCACCCAGUAUGAGUGUAUUAGGUUUUCAGGAUAUUAUAAAUGGCCCAUUGAGCCAAUAUUUGGCACUUUCAGCUAGAAUUGGUGGCGAUGUAGCCAAACACGCCGAAUUGGUAAAAUUGGCUUUUGACGCCCAGUUGCAGUAUGUCACCAUCGCUUCGCAGUGUGCUAAGCCCAGUCAAGACAAACAAAUGGAUUUGUUAAAACCAACUUCAGUGCAAAUUAGUGCUAUACAAGAUUAUCGAGAAAAGAAUCGCCCUUCACCGUACUUCAAUCAUUUGUCUGCUAUAAGUGAAAGUAUUCCUGCUUUGGGUUGGGUUUGUGUAGCUCCAACUCCUGGACCUCAUGUGAAAGAAAUGAAUGACGCUGCUCAAUUCUUUACGAAUCGUGUGCUCAAAGAGUGGAAGGAAAAAGAUGUCUCACAUGUUGAAUGGGCACGUGCAUGGAUACAAACAUUGACUGAACUGCAAGCUUACAUUAAACAAUAUCAUACAACUGGUCUUGUUUGGUCCGGUAAAGGUAGUGUACCAGCAGGUGGUGCCGCACCACCACCGCCACCGAUGGGUGCUUGUCCUCCUCCACCACCGCCACCAGUAUUUGAUUUAGCGGCCAUGUCGCUUGAUGGUGGCGAUGAACGCAGUGCGUUAUUUGCACAAAUUAAUCAAGGAGAGGGUAUCACUAAAAAUAUGAAAAAGGUGACCGCUGAUAUGCAAACGCACAAGAAUCCGACAUUGCGUACUGGACCAGCACCAUUUAAGACACCUACACAAUUUGGUUCCAUAGCUGGAGCUGCACCUGCAUCAAAUGCUGUAAAGGAACCUGUAUUUACUCGUGAUGGCAAGAAAUGGAUUAUUGAACAUCAAAAUAAAAACACCGGCUUAUUGGUAGAAAAUGCUGAAAUGAACAAUGUUGUUUACAUGUUCAAAUGUGUAGGUUCCACUCUUACUGUCAAGGGCAAAGUGAACAACAUUGUUAUGGAUUCAUGCAAGAAAUGCUCUCUGCUUUUUGAUUCAGUAGUGGCAUCAAUUGAAUUCGUUAAUUGUCAGAGCGUACAAAUGCAGACUUUGGGCUUCGUACCCACAAUUUCAAUUGAUAAAACUGAUGGUUGCCAAAUGUAUUUGAGUAAAGAUUCACUAGGUGUGGAAAUUGUAAACUCAAAAUCUUCUGAGAUGAACGUUAUGCUUCCUGACGCCAAUGGAGACUAUACUGAGUUGGCAUUGCCUGAACAGUUUAAGACAACUAUUACAGGAAAAACUCUUAAGACUGUUUGUGUUGAUAGUCUUGGUUAAACUCUUCUAACUUUAUACAGAAUGAAAGAUCAAGCAAAAGUAUAUAUAUAAAAGUUGAAAUAUUUCAAAAAUUAUUCA